CUGUUCUUAUAAAACAAGGAAGCUGUAGCUCUGUCUCAGUGUUUGUCCGUCUUCUGUUACGGUUGACUGCGACAAGGUUCCAAGAUGCUUCUCCGUGGUUUGGUGUUAGGUCUGUUGUUGUGCCAAGUGGAUGCUGUUCUUCAAAACGUCACGUGCCCCGUAGUGACCCCUCGGGAAUUGGAUUGGAAAGCUCUUGACGGGAAAUGGUACAUCGCAGCCAUAGCCUCGGACCUCUCAAUAGAAGCAGACUGCGCCAUGCUGGUGUACAAUCACAUGAACUCUACCGAUGUAUCGGUCAGCUGGAUUACAAACAACACUGUCACUUACUACAACGGAUCCGUGGCCAUCACUGUGGAUCCGGAUAGCAACAGCACUAGUAUUGGAGACCUGCUUCAGGUCACAUAUACAGAUCAGAAGUCCGAGAGCUACUCAUUUCUGGACGUAGACUAUGAGCAUUACGCGGUUUUGUUCGCGUGCUACGACAACGAAGACGGAAACAGUAGUACUUACGAAAUAUGGAAGUUGACCAGAACAUCGCACCUGAAAGAGAGCGACGCUUCCAAGAUUGACCAGGCCAUAGCCAACUACAGUCUCGAAGAUACCAGCUUCACCGUGUUCAAUAACACAGAAGACACAUGCAGCAUAAGCAGAGGAAGCCAUCUUGAUCCAUCUGUGUUGCUGACCUCGGCAGCUGCCUUCGCUUUAUUCAAGAAAUUAUUUUAAAAGCUGACCCCACGGUAUUCUUAUUUAUUUAUUUAUGACUCUUUUAAAUCUAUAUUUACAAGCAAGGAAAGUACGGAUGACAGCAUAUCAAACUAAACAUAGUGGGCAAUUUUGUAUCAAAAAUGCAUAUUCUAAUGCUCUGUUGACUGUACAAUUGUUCUAUUUAAAACAUAACAAAAUUAACGAGCUAUGUGGCAUACAAAAAAGUAAAUAUUACGUCCUAUAAACUAAACUAAAUAGCCUGUUCGUUGCUACUUAACAGUUCAUUUUUGAUAGUACAAAAAACUUACCGAACAGCCUUAUGAAACAGAAGAUACUUCCACAAGUAUUAUUACCUAUGUCCACUUGGAUCCCAUGUGUAUUUGGUUUAUGCUUGUAUUUAUACAUAACUGUAUAUUUGAUUUGACUAGUGUAGGAAGUAGGUACAUAGCUGUAGGUAUGGUAAACAAUAUUUAUUAUCAAAGACUUUUCGUUACCAUUAAAUAAUUACCAAA